ACCGGAUCGUGUGCAGUCCCGCUUGAGAUCAGCUGGCAAUUUUACCAUCUGAUGCUGAUGCUGAUGAUGAUGAUGGUAUGUUUCUUGCUGCCCAGAGGAACGGACCAAACCGGCCUCGUCGUGAGCUGAGGAGGAAACCUAUCUACCAAGUCUUUUAUGCGGGGGAGUGUAGCGAGCGGCACACUUGUCGAGCUACCAGGGGAAUACGGCCGCCGCCGAAUUGCACGAAAGGUUUCACCCCUUGUGUCAAAAGUACAGAAAGGCCCUCCUUUAUCUUUCCCACCCCUUUCUCUCUCUACAAUUAGUGCAUCACUCUCAGCUCACUCCACCGGUCCGGAGAGGAGCACCCACCCCAGCCCCCAGGUCGGUCAGGUGGACGCCUUGUUGUUGUUGCUGAGCCCAGCCCAGGCCUCGGCACCUCCCCACAAGGCCACAACAAUCCACUCUCCGCUUCAACUGUCUCGCCAGGAACUGCGUGCCAAAUAUCGGCGGCUCCGUUCUUCCUCCUUCUCGCCGGUUGAAGCGGCGCCGUUCCUCCCCAAAUCCGCCCCCUUUCUCGCGAAAUCUUGAGUCUUGCUCGCGGGAGGAGUGGUGGUGGGAGGCCAUGGUGUCGAGCUCCUACUCCAACCUGCUGGACCUGGCGACCGGCGCGGCGGACCAGGGGCCGGCGCCGGCCGCGCUGGGCGCGCUGCGGCGGCGGCUCCCGAGCGUGGUCACCACGCCGGGGCUCAUGGAGGACUCCCCGGCGUCGCCCUCCACGCCGUCCCCGGCGCCGCGCCCGCGCACCAUCGUCGUCGCCAACCACCUCCCGAUCCGGGCCCACCGCCCGGCCUCGCCGGAGGAGCCCUGGACCUUCUCCUGGGACGAGGACUCGCUGCUCCGCCACCUGCAGAAGAGCUCCUCCUCCCCCUCCAUGGAGUUCAUCUACAUCGGCUGCCUCCGCGAGGACGUCCCCGUCCCCGAGCAGGACGCCGUGGCGCAGGCGCUCCUCGACUCCUACAACUGCGUGCCGGCCUUCCUCCCCGCCGACACCGCCGCGCGCUACUACCACGGCUUCUGCAAGCAGCACCUCUGGCCGCUCUUCCACUACAUGCUGCCGCUGUCCCCGGACCUCGGCGGCCGCUUCGACCGCCUUCUCUGGCAGGCCUACGUCUCCGCCAACAAGGUGUUCGCCGACAAGGUGCUGGAGGUGAUCAACCCGGACGACGACUUCGUGUGGGUGCACGACUACCACCUCAUGGUGCUCCCCACCUUCCUCCGCAAGCGCUUCAACCGCAUCAAGCUCGGCUUCUUCCUCCACUCGCCCUUCCCCUCCUCCGAGAUCUACAAGACGCUGCCCGUCCGGGAGGAGCUCCUCCGCGCGCUCCUCAACUCCGACCUCAUCGGCUUCCACACCUUCGACUACGCCCGCCACUUCCUCUCCUGCUGCGGCCGGAUGCUCGGCCUCCCCUACGAGUCCAAGCGGGGACACAUUUGCCUCGAGUACUACGGCCGCACCGUCAGCAUCAAGAUCCUGCCCGUCGGGGUCUACAUGGAGCAGCUCAACGCGGUGCUCGCCUUGCCGGAGACCGAGGCCAAGGUCGCCGAGCUCAUGGAGACCUACACCGGCAACGGCAGGGUCGUCAUGCUCGGCGUCGACGACAUGGACAUAUUCAAGGGGAUCAGCCUCAAGCUGCUCGCCAUGGAGGAGCUGCUGGGGCAGCACCCCGAGUGGCGGGGCAGGCUGGUGCUGGUGCAGGUCGCCAACCCGGCGAGGGGCCGGGGGAAGGACGUCGUCGGCGUGCAGGAGGAGACCUAUGCCAUGGUGAAGAGGAUCAACGAGGCGUAUGGCGCGCCGGGGUACGAGCCGGUGGUGCUGAUUGACCAGCCACUGCAGUUCUACGAGCGCGUCGCCUACUACGUCAUUGCAGAGGUGUGCCUGGUGACCGCGGUCCGGGACGGCAUGAACUUGAUCCCCUAUGAGUACGUCGCCUCCCGGCAAGGCAACGACAGGCUUGACAGAAUACUGCGGCUGUGCAAGCCAGAGGAGAAGAAGAGCAUGCUGGUGGUGUCCGAGUUCAUCGGGUGCUCCCCGUCACUCAGCGGUGCCAUAAGGGUGAACCCAUGGAACAUCGAGGCCGUGGCCGACGCCAUGGAGUGCGCCCUUGUGCUGCCCGAGAAGGAGAAGAAUCUGCGGCACGACAAGCACUACCGCUACGUGGAGAAGCACGACGUCGGCUACUGGGCCAACAGCUUCCUCCAGGACCUUGAGAGGACCUGCAAGGAUCACUCGAACCGACGAUGCUGGGGAAUCGGCUUCGGCCUCCGGUUCAGGGUGGUCUCGCUUGACCUGAGCUUCAGGAAGCUCGCAAUGGAGCACAUUGUUCAGGCGUACAGGAGGUCGAAGACGCGCGCCAUUCUGCUGGACUACGACGGAACGCUGAUGCCGCAGGCGAUCAACAAGAGCCCCACUGCGAAAUCGGUCCAGAUACUCAAUAGCUUGUGCCAGGACCAGAGGAAUGCGGUGUUCCUUUGCAGCGGCUUCAAACGCUGCACGCUCGACGAGUGGUUCCCUGCCGAGAACCUUGGCAUGGCAGCUGAGCAUGGCUACUUCAUGAGGCUGAAGAGGGACGCAGAAUGGGAGACCUGCAUCCCACCCGCGGACUGCAGCUGGAUGCAGAUUGCAAAGCCGGUCAUGGAGCUCUACACCGAGACGACGGACGGUUCGAUAAUCGAGGAGAGGGACACGGUGCUCGUCUGGAACUACGAGGACGCGGACCCCGACUUCGGGUCAUGCCAGGCCAAGGAGCUCGUCGACCACCUCGAGAGCGUGCUCACCAACGAGCCGGUGUCCGUGAAGAGCACCGUGCACUCCGUCGAAGCUAAACCACAGGGCGUGAGCAAGGGCCUGGUGGCGCGGCGCAUGCUGGCGGCGCUGCAGGAGCGUGGCAUGUGCCCGGACUUCGUGCUCUGCAUCGGGGACGACCGCUCCGACGAGGACAUGUUCCAGUUCAUCACCAGCGCCUCCUGCGCCGACUCGUUCGCGUCCACGGCGGAGGUGUUCGCCUGCACCGUCGGCCGCAAGCCGAGCAAGGCCAAGUACUACCUCGACGACACGGCGGAGGUGGUGAGGCUGAUGCAGGGGCUGGCGUACGUCUCAGAGGAGCUCGCACUGGAGAACCCCGCGCUGGGAGAGGAGGACCCCGAGGACCUGUGGUGCGUCGGCGAGCUGCAGUAGUAGGAAGCUGGAGUGAAGCGCAGGGGCAGCACAGCACAGGAGGAAAGGCAUUGUCGUGUUGGCAACAGCCUGAGGAGGCCUCUGCAGCGUAGUUUAGGUGUACAUGAGCUAUGCUUUUCAUGGUAUUUGCUGCACUGCCGGUGGUUUGUUAUCAGUGGUAUGAGACCUGCUUUAGAGUGUUGUGAGCUCCGUUUGAAACCUGCUAGUCUAGUUACCGCAACAGUAAUAAUGUCUCUCUGAAUGCCAUGGGAAAAUGCUAGUUUGUGCUGUUAAAACAUAUUUUGCACCGA